GAGGAGGAGGCGGACAUUGUUGCAGCAGAGAGCGAGUAAGUAAGCAGCAGUUUGUUGCUGUGCUGCUCGCAGUCUUGCUGGAACUUUCCUUCCUCUCCGUCAACAUGUCCUAACUUGGGAAGAGCCUCUGCUGGGCAGAGAUCGCCUCAAGUUUCCGCCGCCAGCAGAUGGGAGGCGGCGGCGGUAGCUGACGUCGGCGCAACCCCCUUUCAAGAUGGCCGCCCAUCCUCUUCCCGGCCUUCUCCGUUCUUCUUCAGCCUUGACGAGACCGGAGCCGAGCGCCGCGUUACCAUGGUGAUCAUUCUCCCCAAAAGCCUGGAAAAGAAGAAGGGUGUCAAUGAUGUAAGGCCCGACAGCACCGAGAGACGGCCGCGUGAGCUCCACACCAUGAGCAGAGGGACCACCCUCUUCUCUUGUGGAACUGCUGAGGCAGACAGAUGGCUGAACCCAGGACGAAGCUUCCAGUCGGGCACCAGCCUGGAGAGCCUGUGGGACGUGACGCCCGAGCCGGGCAGCCGCCCCUGGGCCAAAGAGCCGGGCCCCGCCACCGCCAUCACCAGCCUGAUAAGCGAUCUGAACCUGGGUGACGCCUCCGUGACCGAAGCCCACGCCACCCCGACAGCCACUUCACGCUACACCACUACCGCCGCCAGCCAAGCCCCCGCCGCGCCCCCCAGCAAGCGCCAGUGUCGCUCGCUGUCCUUUUCAGACGAAUUUGCCGGCUUUCGCUCAUCGUGGCGGCCUCAGGGCUCCAGAGUGUGGACGGCGGUGGAGAAACGACGGUGCCACAGCGGCGGGAGCGUGCGUGCUGGCGGAGGGUUCUCCGCCGGUCAUUUCCCCGCCAUGCAGCGUAGCUCCAGCUUCAGUUUUCCUUCAUGCUCCGGCAUCCCCACAGACGGACCCUUGGACCUGCCCUUCUUCAACCAGCGACUGCCUGUCCACCCUCACUUCACUGCCUCCCCGGUCUCUCCGCCGCGGUCCUGCCGGGUCCUCAGACAUCUCUCCCUCUCCCACGAGAGAAUCAGCCUUCCCGAACUCCAGAGAGAGGAGGCCUCGGAGGCCAGCUCGCCAGACUCCACCCCAGAACUGGGGCGGCGGUGCGGCCAGAGACGCGACGGGAAGGGCUGUCUCUCUCGGAGCAGGUCGCAGCCUUGUGUGCUGAACGACAAAAAGGUCGGGAUGAAGCGGAGACGGCCCGAGGACGCUCAGGAGCAGCGGCCCUCUUUGGACUUGGCAAAGAUGACUCAGCAACUUCAGACUUUCCAGAGCUUGAGUUGCCCCGGCUUUUCCUUCUUCGACAGCUGCCAAUCAAGCCCGCCGGCAUCGAACCCGCCCGCCGGCCGACCCGACGCGGACUUCACCGCCGUGUCCGAGCUGGGACUGGAGCCCCGGCAGGAAGCGCCGGGAGACGAGGAGGAUUCUUCCGACGAGGACCUGGAUAGCGACUCGGCCUGUAGCGUGGACUCGCCGUCCGGGUCGCCCGUGCCGGGUCACCUCGCCCUCUGGGAGGGCGACUGCGGCGCCGACAGGGACAUUUUCCAGCUCGGGGGAGAGCUGGAUCUUGAGCAGAUUGAGAGGAACUGAACCUCGGAGGACGACGUCUGGAAUGGACUUUGCGACAGGGUAAGGACGAUAUGACCGCGACCGCUAGAAAGGUAUGUGCCUCGGACUCUGACCGUCUUUAGUUGUUGUUAUCGGGGUUUGCUCCGGAGAGUAAACGUGAGGGUUAGUCUUAAAAAAAAAAAAAAAUCCCCCUGCUGUCUUCCGACCUGGUCACCCCUCCAGAGUCUUGUCGCUUCCGGUUUUUGUAUGGCUCAAAGUAGGCGCUGGACCACGGACCUUUCCCUCUGACUUUGCUGAAUGUAGACUGGAUGAGCUUUAAGGGUUCAUGCGGACGUCACCAUUCCGAUGUUAACUCCAGCAAUACCACUUCAUUCAUUCACCCCAUGGCCUUAUUAACCCGGAUGCCAUAUUCACAGCACAUAGUCCUGGUCAAAAGUGUACGUACACUUGUAAAGAACAUCAUGUCAUGGCUGUCUGGACUUUACAAUCAUUUCUACAACUCUUAUUAGAGAUGUCGAUAAAUGCUUUAAAAUGUAAUAUCGGAAAUGAUGGGUAUCGUUUUCAAAAAGUAAAAUGUAUGACUUAUUAAAACGCCGGAGUACGGAGUGGUACACGGAUGUAGGGAGAAGUAAUUGCCAACUAGGGGUGUAACGGUACACAGACAUUUCGGUUCGGUGCGUACCUCGGUUUAGAGGUCACGGUGCGGUUCAUUUUCGGUACAGUAAGAAAACAACAAAAUAUACAUUUUUGGGUUAUUUGUUUACCAAAUUUGCAAAAUCUUCCACCAAAAAUAUUUUUCUUAGUGUAAUAUUUGAUGUGAAGUAAUGGGAACCUUGGAUAGGUCAAUAAUUCAUAAUAACAUUGAUUUUGAUUCAAUAUUAUGUUUUGAGCAAUGACAGUUUGAAAGGAAAAAAAAACAGCUUUGUUUUAUUAGUCAACAUUGCAACUUUUUCUAAAUUACAUUUAAGCAUUUUUAUUUCACUUUUGUUAUGAUUUUGUUUAUUUUAAUAGUGUUUUUAGAAUGUGCCGUGGGCCUUUCAAACAUUAGCUGUGGGCCGCAAAUGGCCUCCGGGGCUCACUUUUGUAAGGGACAUGGGGGAAAUUUUUAUUUUUAUAAUAAUUUUUAUUUUUUUUAUUUUUUU